AUGGCAGCUAGUGACUCAGAGACAACAUCCAGAGACAACAUUCAGAGACAAAAACAACAUCCAGAGACAAAAGUCAGAGACAACAUCCAGAGACAAAAGUCAGAGACAACAUCCAGAGACAAAAGUCAGAGACAACAUCCAGAGACAACAUCCAGAGACAACAUCCAGAGACAAAAGUCAGAGACAACAUCCAGAGACAAAAGUCAGAGACAACAUCCAGAGACAAAAGUCAGAGACAACAUCCAGAGACAAAAGUCAGAGACAACAUCCAGAGACAACAUCCAGAGACAACAUCCAGAGACAAAAGUCAGAGACAACAUCCAGAGACAACAUCCAGAGACAAAAGUCAGAGACAACAUCCAGAGACAAAAGUCAGAGACAACAUCCAGAGACAACAUCCAGAGACAAAAGUCAGAGACAACAUCCAGAGACAAUAGUCAGAGACAACAUCCAGAGACAACAUCCAAAGACAACAUCCAGAGACAAAAGUCAGAGACAACAUCCAUAGACAAAAGUCAGAGACAAAAGUCAGAGACAAAAGUCAGAGACAAAAGUCAGAGACAAAAGUCAGAGACAAAAGUCAGAGACAACAUCCAGAGACAAAAGUCAGAGACAAAAGUCAGAGACAACAUCCAGAGGCAAAUUCCAGAGAGAGACAAAAGUCAGAGACAACUUUCAGAGACAUCUUCCAUAGACAACAUCCAGAUACAACUUUCAGAGACAAAAGUCAGAGACAAUAUCCAAAGACAACAUCCAGAGACAACUUCCAUAGACAACAUCCAGAGACAACUUCCAGAGACAACAUCGAGAGACAAAAGUCAGAGCGCAUACCAAACUACCAGCCAAUAA